AUGUACAACAAUAUGUUUGCAUUUACUUCUCUUGGAGUGAAUUAUGACAGAAAUUUAGCAAAAAGAAAUCGUGGUAUUUAUACAUUUAGAGUUCAACGGAAAAUGUAUCAUUUCAUCGAUGACUUGGUGCCCUCGAGUCGGUCAGCCAAAAAUAUUCAGCUAUAUUUCUAUGAUACAGAAAAUGAGCUAGCAAAUCGGAUGGCAUUCUCGGACCAGCUUAACGAAUCAGUUAUCAAAACUUUGAUGGACAUAUUAAAACUCAAUCCAUACUCUUAUCCGUUACUGUUUCCUUAUGGCCAGAAUGGAUGGCAUUGUGGUAUUAAAAAGGUUAUUCAAACGAGUAAUACUGUUAGGCGUAGAAGUUACUACGAACAUGAGCAGCUCCCAAGUAUAGAGAACAUCUGCUCGGUUGAGAUGCUCCUUGACAUGGAAGCUCAAUUCUUGCAAAAAAAGAAAAGAAAAAGAAAUAAUGUGUCAUGCUGUGAAUACUACUGUUACAAAUUCCAAAUGAGAGACGACGAAGAAAAUGGAGUUUUACACGCUGGCAGAUUAUUCCAACAAUAUUCGGUUGACGAAUUGAUCAAGCCUGAGACUCAAAGGUUAGAUUUCUAUUCAUUUAACCCUGACUUAUUUCGAGUUGAUAUGUUAUCAGGGAUUCUUGAUUUUCUAAGACACGGAGAAAGAGAUGCAUCAAAAAUUGGCAAAAAAGGUUUUCUUCCGGCAAGUUUUACAGGGGGGCCUAGAGAUAUGCGCCAAAGAUAUAUGGACGCUAUUGCGUUGGUACAAUAUUUUGGAAGACCUGAUAUAUUUAUGACAAUGACAUGUAAUCCAUCUUGGCCAGAAAUAGCUGAACAUUUAUUGGUAACAGAUGAGGUAAAAAAUAGGCCUGAUUUAGUUAGCAGAGUGUUCCGAGCAAAGGUAGAAGAGAUGAAAACAGAUAUAUUAAAGCGAAAUAUUUUUGGAAAAGCCGCUGCUUUUAUGGACACUAUUGAAUUUCAAAAGCGUGGUCUUCCCCAUGCUCAUUUUCUUAUUAUACUCAACACUGAAUAUAAACUUUUAACUCCGGAAUCUUACGAUAAAAUUGUUUGCGCUGAAUUACCUGAUUCUGAUACGAGUGCUUACUUGUACUCACUUGUUACUACACAUAUGAUGCACGGACCUUGUGGUACUUUAAAUCUGAAAUGUCCUUGUACGAAGAGUAAGGGAUAUUGUAAGUUUAAAUAUCCGAAAGAAUUUGCUAAUCAUACAUCAAAGGGAAAAAAUUCAUAUCCAAUCUAUCGCAGACAAAAUACUGGCAAACUUGUGAAAAUUAGAAAACACUUUCUUGACAAUUCGUGGGUAGUUCCUUACAAUCCAUAUUUACUGAGCAAAUUUAAUUGCCAUAUUAAUUUUGAAGUUUGUUCUGAUAUUAGAGUUGUCAAGCUUAUUUAUAAAUAUAUCUGCAAGGGACAUGACAAAAUUGCCUUCUUCGUACAGGCUGAUGAUCCAAACAUCGAAAUUGAUGAGAUCAAAGAAUAUCAAUCUGCUAGAUGGGUUUCGGCACCAGAGGCAACUUGGCGUUUAAUUGGUUUUCCUCUUAGUGAGAUGACUCCAACUGUUUACAACCUUCAGCUACACCUUAAAGGUGAACAAUUUGUCUCUUUUAAGAGUACAGAGAAAGUAAAUGCAAUUAUGAAUAAUCCCAUGAUCAAGAAAACAAUGUUGACUGAGUUCUUUAUAAUGAACAGAAUUAAUCAGGAUGCCAAGAAUUUAAACUUACUUUACAAGGAAUUUCCACAAUAUUUUGUCUGGUCCAAACGAGAUAGAACGUGGAGCCGUCGAAAGCAAGGCACUGUUAUUGGACGUAUUGUGACGUCUCACCCAACAGAGGGAGAAAGAUAUUAUCUUAGAUUAUUAUUAAUGAAUAUAAAAGCACCGAAAUCAUACAAAGAUUUGAGAACUGUAAAUGGAGUUUGUUGUAUUACGUUUAGAGAGGCAGCAGAAAAAAGAGGAUUGUUACAAUGUGACAAUAACUUGAUAGAUUGUAUGUCCGAAGCUGUAAGAUAUCAAAUGCCUUACAGUUUGGGACGUUUGUUUGCUACGCUAUUGGUAUAUUGUAAUCCUGCUAACCCAAAAGAACUGUGGCACCAAUUUGAAGAUUCUAUGUGUGAAGAUUUUAAGAUUUUGCCUGAUGUGAAUCAAAAUCAGAUUCAUCAUAUGACUCUAAAUCAUAUCAACGAUAUAUUGCACUCAAUGGUUCGUGACAUAAAUGAAUUUACCCUUGUACCCAAAAGAGUUUGGGCUUCGUCUACUGCUAGAGAAGCGAAAGAUUAUCAUUUUGAAAGAAAUAUAAUCGUUACAGAUGAGGAUUUGUUCCUGCAAACUAAAUUGAACAAUGAGCAACGAAAAGCGUAUGAUGUAAUCCUUGACAGAACAUAUCGGAAUAAGUCUGGAGCUUUUUUUAUUGACGGUCCCGAUGGAACUGGCAAAACUUUUUUGUACCGUGCGUUAUUGGCUGUUGUACGAUCAAAAGGAUUUGUGACUUUAGCAACAACAAGUUCAGGUGUUGCUGCUUCAAUUCUUCCCGGAGGACGAACUGCUCACUCCCGUUUUAAAAUCCCCAUUGAUAUUGAAGGACAAUUCUCUUCUAAUAUUACUAAGCAAAGUUCGCUCGCAUCAUUGAUACGUGAUGCCAAAUUAAUCGUUUGGGAUGAAGUAUCAAUGGCCCAAAAACAGCUGAUAGAGGCUUUAGAUUUAUUAUUGAAAGACCUGAUGGAUACGAAGUUACUCUACGGUGGAAAAGUUGUAGUUUUCGGUGGAGAUUUCAGACAAACUCUUCCAGUUGUUCGCAGUGGCACAAAAGAGGAUUUCAUAGAAGAAAGUUUACUAUGUUCCGGUAUCUAG